AUGCACUAUCCCACUCGUCCUGUCGACAAGGACAAGGCAGAAGCAGAACUUGCAAUCCAUAUCAAGAAGGCAACUAGUCCAGAAGAGACAGCACCCAAACAGAAACAUGUCCGGAAAUGCAUCGUUUACACCUGGGAUUACCAUUCUUCCAUGUCUUUCUGGAGUGGCCUUCGAGUACAGCCAAUCCUAUCCGAUGAGGUUCAGACGUUCAAAGCCUUGAUCAUGGUACACAAGGUCUUGCAGGAGGGACACGGAAACACUCUGAAGGAAGCUCAGGGUCAGACUGCAUGGCUGGAGACUUGUGCCAGAACCGUCAUCACCGACGGAACGCGAGGAUACGGCCCUCUCAUCAAGACUUACGUCCAGUUCAUCCUCGCCAAGCUACGAUUCCACCGACUUCGCCCCGAGUUCAAUGGAUUGUUUGAAUAUGCUGAAUACAUUACUCUGAAGGAAAUAGAUGAUCCUAAUGAGGGGUAUGAGACGAUCAGUGACCUGAUGAACUUGCAAGACCAAAUCGACUCCUUCCAGAAAUUGGUCUUCUCGCAUUUCCGAUAUUCCACCAACAAUGAAUGUCGUAUCUCUGCCCUGGUACCCCUCGUCAAGGAAAGCUGGGGAAUUUACCGCUUCAUUAUCAGCAUGCUGCGCGCUAUGCAUCGACGUGCAACCGAUGUUGAGGCUCUCGAGCCCCUUCGCGAACGAUUCGUUCAACAACACUACAACUUGAGAAAAUUCUACUACGAAUGCUCAAACCUCAAAUACCUUACUGGGUUGAUCAACGUACCCAAGCUGGGGGCUGAACCACCUAACCUCACCGACAGUGGCGACGCACCCGACCUGCCCGCACGUCCUAAGACAGCUGUCAAGUCGCCAUCUCCUCCCGCUGAACCUCAAGCAACAGCCGCCGAAAUCGAUGCCCAAGCCAAAAUGCUCAGGGAGUACGAAGAGAAACAGGCAGCCCUUCAGGCCCAGCGCGAAGCUGAGGAGCGACAGCGGUUGGAAAUGGAGGCGCAGCAGCAACGGGAGUUCGAACAACGUCAAAGGGAGCAGGCUGAAGCUCAGAGACUCGCCCAAGAACAACUUCUUCAACAACAGAUGAUGUACACCAAUCAAGCUGCACAACAGCACGCCAGCGAGCUGGAGAGGGAGCUUCUUGCUAUGCGAGGACAGUACGAGCGAGACCAGAUCUUCCUGGAGCAGUACGAUCGACGAGUCAAAGCUCUCGAAGCUGAGCUCAGCGCAAUGGGCAAUCACGUCGGCUCCCAAGUUGCAGCUAAGGAUGAGUUGAUCAAACAACUCCAAGACCAGGUUACUCUUUGGCGGAACAAGUACGAAGCACUCGCCAAGCUCUACAGCCAACUUCGAACGGAGCACUUGGAUAUGUUGUCGAAGUUCAAGCAACUACAACUCAAGGCCAACUCUGCACAAGAGUCCGUCGACAAGAUGGAGAGGAUGGAGCGGGAUCUCAAGGCCAAGAAUCUCGAAUUGGCGGACAUGCUUAGAGAACGAGAUCGUGCCCGAUUCGAGGUUGACAGGCAGAAGUCCUCGCACAAGGAGGAGAUUGAUCGUCUUCGCCGCGAACUCAACUUUGCCAACGAACGUGCAGAAGACGCAACGCGAUCGAAGAGCUCUGAAGUUUCGUCAGUUCUGUCCAGGUACAACAGGCAGAUUUCUGAGCUUGAGGAUUCCCUUCGAUCUAAGCAAUACCAGAUCGACGAGCUUUUGAUCAAGUUGGACGAAGCCUCCGCCAACAUGGAGCGUAUCAAGGAAGAGAAGGAGCAAGAAAUUCUUAUCCUCCAGGAGGGUAUGGACAGCACCCUCCAACAGCUUUCCGAAGUCCAACAGAACCAGGGAUUGCUGGACGAGACCACCAACGCCCAGAUCGAUACUCUCAUUCUGGACAACAGGAAGAAGCUCAACGAAAUCAUUGAUUCCAUCCUUCAAGCUGCGGUGCACAAAGUGGACGACGCCAUCUACGAGCUCGAGUCACCUGCUCAAGCUGGCAAUCUCAACUCUACCCCCGAAUACACUCUCUCGAUGAUCGAAAAGGCUACCAACAAUGCUACCGAGUUUGCUACCAUCUACAACCUCUAUCUCAGUGGCGAGGCUGGUGGCGACCAUGUCUCGGUCAUCAAGUCGGCCAACGAGUUGGCCCAGUCACUCGCAGACGUCCUGAUCAACACCAAGGGCAUCACUCGACUGGCCAGUGACGACGACGCUGUCGACAAGCUUAUCAACGUCGCCCGUGCUGCUGGAGAUACUGGUACUCGAUUCUUCGAGAACCUCCAGACCUACAAGCUCGACCUUUUGCAGCCUGCCCAGCGCAAGGAAGUCGCGAUGCGCAACAACAGUCAAACCCGCGUGGCUUUGACCAAAUUGUCCGAGGUGGUCGAUGGCCUCAUUUCCAAGGGAGCCAAAGCCAGUCGUGCCAAUGGCGAUCUUGGGGACAUUGUCGAGCAAGAGAUGCUUAGCGCAGCCAAAGCCAUCGAGGCUGCGACCGAGCGUCUCCAGCAACUCAUUGCCCGCCCCAAGGACUCGAGCAGGUUCUCUGCCGUUGAUCUUCAGGUCCACGACUCGAUCUUGUCCUCCGCCAUGGCCAUCACCAACGCCAUUGGUCGUCUCAUCAAGGCCGCCACCGAAUCCCAACAAGAGAUCGUCGCCCAAGGCCGUGGAUCCAGCACAUCGCAGCAAUUCUACAAACGCAACAAUCGCUGGACAGAGGGUCUCAUCUCAGCCGCGAAAGCCGUCGCCUUUGCCACCAACCUCCUCAUUGAGAGUGCCGAUGGUGUUCUUUCUGGCACUCACUCUCUCGAGCAACUUAUCGUCGCUUCGAACGAAGUCGCUGCGGCCACCGCUCAAUUGGUCGCUGCUUCUCGUGUCAAGGCCAACUUGAUGUCCAAGACGCAGGAGCGAUUGGAGGCUGCUGCCAAGGCGGUCACUGAGGCUUGCAAAGCCUUGGUCCGACAAGUCAAGGCCAUCUCUGCUCGCGAAGUGCAAGAAGAGGACGUCGACUACAAGAACAUGGCCGUCCUCGAGUUCAAGAAACGCGAGAUGGAACAGCAAGUCGAGAUUCUCAGGUUGGAGAAGGAGUUGGGUGCCGCAAGACAUCGUUUGGGCGCCAUGCGUCGUGCAGGAUAUCAUACAGACGAGACAGACUAA